GUUAGACUCGUCGCGCGCCGCGUAUUUAAAACAAUUUAAAUGGCAGUGCUGCCACCUAACAAAGGCCAGUUCCGUUAUAUGUCAGCACCAUUUUAGUUUGUCGAGACGGAUUAGUCAUCUUGAAAGUGCUACUACGGUUCGAUAAAAUUCGCUCGGGAACAUUUUAAGAACUGUUUUCCUUGGUCAAUAUAAAAACCGUGGUAAUACAAAAGUGUUUACGGCAGUGAAACGUAACAGGCGUAACAGUUGUUUAGCAAUUCUGAUUUUGUUCUUCGGUAUGUCAGAAGGCGAGACUACAGCGUCGCAGAAGAAACAGCAGCCAUUUCAGCAACAGCCACAACUUGGAGUAGACUCAAUGGCGAAUAUGGCAUGGCAAUAUCCCUCGCCAAACAAUAUCCACAACAUGUUUCCUCCAUAUUCAGGGCAGUUGUAUGGUCCAGGUUAUCAAGGUGUACCUCAUCAAGGACAGACAUUCAGUUAUUAUCAUGCAAUGAUGCCUGGAUAUGGACAACCUUUUACUCCACAGCAGAUGCAACAACAGCAGCAGCAUCAACAGCAGCAGCAGCAACAGCAACAACAACAGCAACAGCAACAGCAGGACAACAAUCAAGGAAAACAGUUACAUCAGCAACCGCCAGUACCUGGAACUCCAAUGUCUUUAGAUGAUGAUUCUGAACUUCCUCCUUUACCUCCUGGACCUCCGCCAUCUGUGCAGACAUCUCAGCAACAUAACAAUCAAGUACAACCAUCCUUACAACCUCAUCCAGGAUAUAUGUACAAUGCAUUUCCAUAUGGUACUUGGAAUGGAAUGCAUAGUGACAUGUCUCAAUACAACAAUCAAAUUCGUUUCAAUGUAUAUAACAAAAAAAAUGGUUUGUCUUUUCUUUCUCCAUCUGGCAAUAGUGGAGCCGCAAAGAAAAAACGUAAGCGGAAUAAAAAUUUAGCAGCACAGUUCAACAAUAGCUUUCAGGCAAACAGUUCAACGACAAAUUUCGUGCCGGGUCCCAACCUGAAGACCGAAUUACCGCCUUUACCUCCUGCACAACGUGAAGUAGUGGCUCCUCCUCCACCAACUGAAGAAUCCCCCACUCCUACUACACCUGCUAUUACAACUGUAAAUAAUACAAUUCCUAGUGCUGGUAGCACACCAGCGGUAGGUACUCCCUCUGUUGUGACCAAUCCCAGUCCAGUCGGCGAUUGGCCUGACAGUUUGAAGAACUAUGUAAACAGAUGUUAUGAAAAAUGCAAAACGGCAGUGGACAAGGAUCAAGUUGAAAUUAUAUUAAAGGGAAAGAUUACGCGUGCCGCGAAUGAUGGCUCCCUUUGGGUGAAAGACUGGGAUCAAGAACCAUUGCCUAGUAUUCACAGUGAACGUAUGACUAUGACGAUAAAGCCUCAAAAGCCGGCUUUAAAAUUAAAUAAUUUGCCGAAUCCGCUGAUGAAUGCACAGGGAGGCUUGCGCAAGCCAGGUCUCUCCACUUCACUCGGGGCUCGGCUUGGUGCGCGUCUCUCUGUGAAUUAUAAACGGUCAAGGUCGAAGACUAGAUCAAGAUCAAGAUCAAGAUCGAGAUCAAAGUCGAGAUCGAGGUCGAGGUCAAGAUCGAAGUCGAGGUCGCGUUCGAAUACACGUAGCCCACCAUCACGAAAAUACAGGCGUAGUACAUCGUCGUCGUCGAACGUUAGUGAUCGGGAACACGAUUAUAAAUCGCUAAAAACGAAAAAAUCUACUAAAAGCAAACAAAGUCACAGCAGCAAGAAAACAAAGAAGACUAAACAGAUGAAAUCACAUUUCUAUUCAGAGUUUGGUUUAGAUACAGGAAACACUGAGGAAUUAGGAUCCAAGGAGAAAUUACAACAACGUGCUGCAAGAUUCAACGAUACUAUUUCUAGGACAGUCAGCAAUGGUGUUAAAGAUGAUUCCUCUACAGACUUUGAUUUUACCGGACUUCACAUUGUGGGAGUAUGCAAGGAUAUAGAAAAACCUUAUUUACGUUUGACAUCUGCUCCAGCUCCUUCCGCCGUUCGACCGGUAAGUGUACUUCAAAAUUCUUUGGCACAUGUCAAGAAGCGCUGGGUGGCUGAUCAGGACUAUAGAUAUGCUUGUGAUCAACUUAAAUCUAUUCGUCAAGAUCUUACCGUCCAAGGUAUUCGAGAUGCAUUUACAGUUCAUGUGUAUGAAACACACGCUCGCGUUGCUCUAGAAAAAGGAGAUCAUGAAGAAUUCAACCAGUGUCAGACCCAACUACGAAUGUUGUAUCAAGACGUUGGCGGAGAAAACCGAUGUGAAUUUGUUGCAUAUAGAAUAUUGUAUUAUAUUUUCACAAAAAAUACUCAAGAUUUAACGACUAUUUUAGCAGCUUUGUCAGCGGAAGAUAAACAUGACGAAUGUAUAAAACAUGCGCUCCGAGUACGUUCAGCUUGGUGGUUAGGAAAUUUCCAUGCCUUUUUCAAAUUAUACACUUCUGCUCCAAGGAUGGCAGCCUUCCUAAUGGAUUGGUUUGUUGCAAGGGAACGCAAGAACGCAUUGAAGAGCAUGAUAAAGUCCUACCGGCAAAAUUUGGCGGUUGAUUUCGUCGUAGCAGAAUUGGCCUUUGAAUCUUUGGACAAGUUUUAUGAAUUUGUCAGUGAAUUGGGGUUGGUUUAUGCUGAUCCUGAACACCAUCUAAUCGACUGCAAGACAAGCAGUGGUUCUAUAGGUGCUUGGUAAAAAAAGCAACGUCAGUUUUUUGAUGGAAGAUAUACAAACAAAAACCAUUGUCGUGCACAUUCAUAGGCACAAAUCUGUGUGUAUAUAUGCAUAUGUUUCCCAAUUAUAUGCAUAUGUAGACUUUAUAUACAUAUGCAUAUACAUGUGCAUAUAUUUAACAACACAUUUAUCUUACUACUGAUAAUUCUUACCAUCCCCUAAUCAUUGUUCUCUUCGUUGAUCGACGCAGUCGAGCAACAAUUUAUAAAUGAAAGUUUUCCCCGCAAUAAUUUGUACAUAUACGUGUCUUAAUCUCAGCCCAGCGCAAACGAAGAAUCCACUUACAGGCUGAAAUGAAUUGUACAAAAGAAAUAGGAUGACCGUUUUAAAGUUGUCCGCAACUACCUCAAAUAGAACUCGGUAUGAAGCCGAUGCUCGUAGUAAAUUGUGAAAAGAGAAAGGAAAUGAUAGAAAAUUAUCUUCAGAAAAACAAACACCUCUCGUUUGAUCAAAACUUCAAAUUCCUUCAUCGAUCAUCGAUCAUGAUCGAUCGAUUCUCCAAAAUUUGUUCAUGUUAUAUAUUAUAUGUGUUUUUAUUCUUGUGUCUGGUGAUUCUAUGCAUCUUUUUCCAAACAUUGUCUACUGAAAGGAGUUGGGAUUUUUUAACCAAAUUGGCAAAUCUUUUGCUCUACGGAAGGACCUACAUUCUAUCAUCAUUUGGAAAGGGGAACUUUGAUAUUUUGUAUUGGGGAUUCACACGCACUCGCGAAUAGAAGUACAGUGAUUAUUUCUACGAUAAAAAUGGUAAAGAAUUGGAAUUAACGAACAUAUUGAAUAUAUGUAAUUGCUAAAGGGCUUUCCGGUAAGAAAUGCAUUGAGGGGUUUGAAAAGAUAUUGGCAUACUUGACAACACGCUGAUGAAGAAGAAAGAGAAGGAAGUCGGGAAGAUCUCAAGUUAUGGCUCGUAGCGACAUGAAACAUCUACUCAAAGAAAGAGAAAAUAUUCAACGUAAUGUGUUCAAGAAUCUACAAUUAGGAACUUCUGAGGGGACAAAUGCAUAAUAGUAUCUAAUGCAAUUUUCGCGUGUGAAGAGUGAAUAUUUUUAUCUUUUUAAGUGUUUAUCGCAGGACAAUGUUUUUUUUUUUUCUUCUAUUAUCAAUUCUCAAGUGUUGAGAAUUUCAUCUCCAUUUUGAUCCAAAACAGGGAUACAAGGGUAUAAUUGAGAGAAGAAAGACAUUUCAUUGUACGAUCACGUUCGAAUAUAGUGUUGUACGUAAUAAAUUAUUUAAUUUUCGGAUAUAAUAUUAUUUGUUAAUCUAUGUUAUACUAGAAAGUAGUGGAUUUAAAUUUAAAUCCUGAUUUUAUUACUAAUAAACACAAAACUUAUCGUAUGUGUAUUUUGUUUCAACUAUUGAACAACAAAUAAUUGCUAAAAUCUAUAACUUUUUUUCAACAUCGUUAAAAAUCAAUACGGCAGUCGGCAUAUAAAUCUAUUUCCAAUCAUAAAUAAGAGCAAUCAUAUUUCAUAUGAUGCACAAUAUGUAUUCGGUCAUUUACAACUUUAGACGCAAAGACGCGUUUUUUUAUUUCAAAAAGAUUUAACUAAUAACUAAAAAGUAAAAUCUUUGAUAAUAAAUUCUUCUUCAUGAAAUCAUAUACAUCUCCGUAUAGAGAAAAUGAAAUUAAAUCAAUAUGUCCUAUUACACAAUAUAUAUAGUAAUAACGUAAUUUUUAUCAGAAUUAUAUGACAUAAAAGUAAAGAUUUCAUUAUAAAAAAUACAGAUUUGUUGCAAUUAUUCGUUGCAUUGCAAAUAUGGAAAUUGCACAAAUCAUGUUUUUAUAAAUUAAUUUCCUGAUAAUUAAAACAUUUUAUUAACUUGACAAUAUCCAGUUACAAUGUGAUAAAUUUGUAUGAGCAAUCAAUGUCGUUAUUUAAUGCAAAUUUGUUUUACUCGGUUCGGAUUUUGUGCACAAACUGCCAAUAAAAUUGUGCGAUAUUACAGCUGAAUUUUAAUUUUUAAAUUCAUCGUUACACAAAUGUUUAAAUUAAAUACGUUCCUAUGUAUAUUUAUAUAUAUAUAUAUAU